AUGAGCCAGGCUCUGGAGAAUGAGCGGGCCACUGGUCCUGCCUUCAGGGAGAUCCCAUUCAUCCUGAGGAACAGUGUUGAGUCAGGUGGCCCAUAUCACCAAAGCCAAGUACCAGGUGCUGCAGGAGCCCCUCAAGGAGCGAUACUCCACGAGUUCGGGGUCACAGUCAUUGCUAUAACUGUAACUUCACAGACAACCAUCCGAGCAAUUUUGUUUCUAUCUUCAAAUGGCUUCCCCCUCUUUAUUAAAAAAAGCGCAAGGCCUGCCAAAAUUCAGAGUAUUUUAAUUAUGAAAGGUCAAGAACAGCCUAAACAAGAGGCCACAAAAGAAAGAAUAUUCCUGUUGUCCCCACUGGAAGAGAGCGAGAUCACCAGGACCAGAGUCCUGGAGAAAGGUCGGGGGGCGGAGGAGCACUGGUUUCAGGCCUGUGGGCCCCGGCUGCGCAGGUGGAGUCUGGAGCGAGGCGAGGGGACGCUGGCCCCGGUUACCUGCGGCGAAGUGCAGCGGGGUGGAUUUCCUGCCCGCCGUGUCGCGGCUGUUCACCUUCUCAGGCGUCACCAGCCUCUUGACUCGUUCCACGUCUCCGUUGCGGCACGCCUCGAACAGCUCUCGGGCGGCCGGCUCCAUGGCCUCGGCCGCCGCGCUCGCGCAGGCCGCUCCCCCGCCGGCACAGCGGCGACCCGACAUGAUCCUGGCCGCCGCCACAGCCAGCAGCAGCGCCAGCAACGGCAGCAGGAGCCCGGGCCCCGCGAGCAGGAGGGCGAGGCCCCCCGGAGAAGACGCGCUCAGGGCCCGGACCGCUCUGCUCCCUGCUGUCACCGGAUCCGGCGCAGUCCCAUGGCCGCGCCCACGCGCGACCCUCGCUCGGCUCCCUGCCCCCCGGCUGCCUCGCGGCGGCGGCGGAGGCAGCACGAAUUCGCCGUGCGAGUCCCGAAACGACGCAGCGGCGGAAGCUGGCAAGGCCCCUCCUGCCAGCUCCGCCGAGCCCUGGGAGCACGUGACGUCGUCCCGCGCAUGCGCAGUGGCCGGGCACCGGCCGGGCAGGUUUCGGCUAGCGGGGCGGCGCGAAGGGUUUGUGGGAAAUGUGAGGCGAGAGGCGUCGGCGGCGGCGGGAGAAGGGGCUUCGUCCCACCGCCAUCUUUGCUGAGAAUAACAGAUAGUCCUCAUACUGUCUCCAGAAUUGGUGGGUACUUGGUCUCACUGACUUCAAGAAUGAAGCUGCAGACCCUUGCGGGAAUUGAACAGCUUGGACUUGGAGACAGUGAGUUAAAACAGAAAUAAGAAGGCGGCAGAAAAAGACUAUACCAGAUUGAAAUGUGUUGGAUAUUCAUAUCCACCCAGCACCUCAGAAUGUGGCCAUGGAGGAUGGAGACAGAGAUUGGAGUGACGCAUCUUCAAGCCUAGGAACACUAAGGAUUGCUGGUAAACACCAGAAGCUGGAAGAGGCAAGAAAGUGUCCUUUCCUAGAGCCUUCAGAGAGAGCGCGGCCCUGCCAACACCUUGAUUAUACGCUUCAAGCUUCUAGAAUUGUGAGAGAAUAAAUUUCUGUUGUUAUAAGCCA